GGAGGAGGCGGGGGGGCGGCCCCCCCAGAGAAGCUCCCCGUUCACGUAGAGGAUGCUCUCUCCUACCUGGAUCAGGUGAAGAUUCGCUUUGGUAGUGACCCGGCCACCUACAAUGGGUUCCUGGAAAUCAUGAAAGAGUUCAAGAGCCAAAGCAUCGACACCCCUGGCGUCAUCCGGCGUGUCUCUCAGCUGUUCCACGAACACCCUGACCUCAUUGUGGGAUUCAAUGCUUUCCUACCUUUGGGGUACAGAAUUGAGAUCCCGAAGAACGGGAAGCUCAGCAUUCAGUCCCCUCUGGCUGGCCAGGUCUCUUUGGAGCCAGUGCAGAGUUCCUUCUUGCUCCAUUAUUGCCAAGAUAAGGCCCACAACCAUGGCGACUGCCCCGAGGAGUUCCGGCAGCAGCUGCCCAGCAAGGAGGACAAACUUCAGGUGCCCCUGGAGUCAGAUUCGGUGGAGUUCAACAACGCCAUUAGCUACGUGAACAAGAUCAAGACCCGCUUCCUUGACCACCCUGAAAUCUACCGCUCCUUCCUGGAAAUCCUUCACACCUACCAGAAGGAGCAGCUGAGUGCCAAGGGCCGGCCGUUUCGAGGCAUGUCGGAGGAAGAGGUGUUCACAGAAGUGGCCAAUCUCUUCCGGGGCCAGGAAGACCUGCUCUCCGAGUUUGGACAGUUCCUUCCUGAAGCCAAGAGGUCCUUGUUCAUGGGAAACGGGCCGUGCGAUGCCAGCAGCAUUCCCAGGCUGGACCACGAGAAGCCCUUGGAGCACAGCAAGAAGCGGUCGAGGCCCCUGCUGCUCCGGCCCACCCCGGGGCCAGCAAAGAAGAAGAUGAAGUUGCGAGGGACCAAGGACCCAUCGGUUGCCACCGUGGGAAAAUACGGGACUCUGCAGGAGUUCUCCUUCUUUGACAAGGUGCGCAGAGUCCUCAAGAGCCAGGAGGUCUAUGAGAACUUCCUCCGCUGCAUCGCUCUCUUCAACCAGGAGCUGGUGUCAGGCUCUGAACUUCUCCAGCUGGUCACCCCUUUCUUGGGGAAAUUCCCUGAGCUCUUAGCCCAGUUCAAGUCCUUUCUGGGGGUGAAAGAGCUCUCCUUCGCCUCCCCUCUGAGUGACCGCUCGGGGGACGGGGGCUGCCGGGAGAUCGACUACGCCUCCUGCAAGCGCAUCGGUUCCAGCUAUCGGGCCCUCCCCAAGACCUACCAGCAGCCCAAGUGCAGCGGCAGGACCGCCAUCUGCAAGGAGGUGCUGAACGACACGUGGGUUUCCUUCCCCUCCUGGUCCGAGGACUCCACUUUCGUCAGCUCCAAGAAGACCCCCUACGAGGAGCAACUCCACCGCUGUGAGGACGAGCGCUUUGAGCUGGACGUUGUCCUGGAGACCAACCUGGCCACCAUCCGGGUGCUGGAAAGCGUGCAGAAGAAACUGUCCCGCAUGUCGCCGGACGACCAGGAGAAGUUCCGGCUGGACGACUGCUUGGGCGGGACGUCAGAAGUCAUCCAGCGCCGGGCCAUCUACCGCAUCUAUGGGGACAAAGCGCCCGAGAUCAUCGAGAGCCUGAAGAAGAACCCUCUGACUGCAGUCCCUGUCGUCCUCAAGAGGUUGAAGGCCAAGGAGGAGGAGUGGCGCGAGGCCCAGCAGGGCUUCAACAAGAUCUGGCGGGAGCAGUACGAGAAGGCCUACCUGAAGUCCCUCGACCACCAGGCCGUGAACUUCAAGCAGAACGACACCAAGGCCCUGCGCUCCAAGAGCCUGCUGAACGAGAUUGAGAGCGUCUACGACGAGCAUCAGGAGCAGCACUCGGAGGGCAGGGGAGCAGUGAACGAGCCCCACCUAGUCUUGGCCUACGAGGACAAGCAGAUCCUGGAGGACGCGGCGGCCCUCAUCACCUACUACGUGAAGCGGCAGCUCACCAUCCAGAAGGAAGACCAGGACACCAUCCGGCAGAUCGUACAGCACUUCGUCCCGGACCUCUUUUUCUCACCGCUGCUGCCGGAGCCCCCCCUCCCGGAAGAGCCCCCCGAGGAGGAGAGGGGCGGCCUCAAGGCGGCCUCUCUGGACACGCGGGACUUGCGGAAGCGGAACGCCACGGGCCCCCAGCCCGGCCCCCUGGAGAGCAAGGCGCCCGCGGUGGAGGCCCACGAGCUGCGGAAGAGGAACCCCCCCGCGGGGGCACCGCCCGGCCCGCUGGAGGAGAAGCCGCCCGCCUCAGAAGGGGGCCACGAGCUGCGGAAGAGGAACCCCCCCACGGGGGCUCCGCCCAGCCCGGCCAGGGACAAGGGGGGCCUUCCCCGCCCGCCGGGGCCCCUCCGCUCGCUGGAGGACGUCUACACGCUCUUCUUUGCCAACAACAACUGGUACUUCUUCCUCCGUCUUCACCAGACGCUGUGUGCCCGCCUGCUCAAGAUCUACCGCCAGGCUCAGAAGCAGCUGCUGGAUUACCGGGCGGAGAAGGAGAAGGAGAAGCUCCUGUGCGAAGGCCGGAAGGAGCGCUCCAGCGACCCUGCCCUGGAGCUCCGGCUGAAGCAGCCAAGCGAGGUGGAGCUGGAGGAGUAUUACCCAGCAUUUCUGGACCUGGUGAGGAAUCUGCUGGACGGCAACAUUGACCCCACCCAGUACGAGGACACCUUGAGGGAGAUGUUCACCAUCCACGCCUACAUUGGCUUCACCAUGGACAAGCUGGUGCAGAACAUCGCCCGGCAGCUGCAUCAUUUGGUCAGCGAUGACGUCUGCCUGAAGGUGGUGGAGCUGUACCUGAGCGAGCGGAAGCGGGGGGCAGCGGGCGGCAACCUCUCCUCGCAGUGUGUGCGGGCGGCCAAGGAGACGAGCUACCAGUGGAAGGCCGAGCGCUACAUGGCGGACGAGAACUGCUUCAAGGUGAUGUUCCUUCAGCGGAAGGACCAGGUGAUCAUGACCAUUGAGCUGCUGGACACAGAGGAGACCCAAACGGAAGACCCAGUGGAGGUCCAGCACCUGGCGAACUACGUGGAGCAGUACGUGGGGGUGGAGGGCGCCCUGAGCGGCCAGAGCGAGGGCUUCGUCUUGAAACCCGUCUUCUUGCAAAGGUGA